GGGGAGAAGCAAUCGAUCUUAAAUCGACAUUUUAAAAAUUUGUGUGCUGUAUUUUUCAUUUUUACGCAAUCGAUUGAAGAAACAAUGCUUUUUGCCUUGUGUGUAGCGUGUUUCGUCUCAUAAUUGUUGUUUUUAUUUCUCUUAAAUAUGCUUAAAUGUCUGGACUGAUCCUUCACUACGAGGCCUCUGCGCCUUCGCUCUCAGCUGCUUCGGUGUAGAGGCUGUGUAAAUUGAUACGUAAAUUUAACGUUAGCUUGCUGGUUCAAGUAAAUUGCAGACCAUAUAAUAUUUAUGGUGAAUGGAAAAAUAUUUUUUAAUGUUCAGGCUGGAGUAGCGGCACCUACGUUUAAAAGGUUGCUCGACUUUAUCGAUUGCAGUACCGCGCAAACGAAAUUAGUGUUUACAUUUUUCGGUGGACAGCGUUAACAUUUGGAUUUGGAAAUAGCUUUCCGGCUAGCUAAGCAGUACUGGAUCUGCAAUCACAUAUACAACCGAUUAUAGAAGGGUUUUUUUAUUCAGUCCUCUGGGGAAAUUUUUGUAUUCCAGCGUUUAAAAAACGUAUCUUUCCCUCAGUGUACAGCUCGGCUAGCGUUGUAUUAGCCACCUAUAUCAGGCUUCCCUAGGGAGUUCAAGUCCAGUUGGCUCUUUAUCAUCAGAGGACCAUGACUUUGAUCCAACAGCAGAAAUGUUAGUUCAUGAGUAUGAUGAUGAGAGGACUCUGGAGGAGGAAGAGUCUCUGGAAGGCGGAACAAAUUUCAGAUCUGAAAUUGCAGAUCUGGAAAAGGAAGGGAACAUGCCUUUAGAGGAACUGUUGGCCAUUUAUCGCUAUGAGGCCUCAGCAGGCUCCAGUAUAGACAGCUCCUCUGGAGACCUGACUGAUGAGCUCCCCGACAUGACUUUGGAUAAGGAGGAAAUAGCUAAAGACCUUCUGUCUGGAGAUUAUGAGGAGGAGACCCAGUCCUCAGCUGAUGAUCUGACUCCUUCAGUUACCUCCCACGAGGCAACUGAUUUCUUCCCAAGAACACUUAGAUCCAACGCUAUUUCUGACGGUGAUAAAGAGUCAGAGUGUGAUGAAGACGGCCCAAGCCCAGAGGACUCAAGAAAGGAAAUAAUGGUGGGAUUGGAAUACCAAGCAGAAGUUCCUUCUUGCCUCUGUCACUACAAAGAUGAGGAGAAAGCAUAUGAAGAUGAAGACGAGUUACUGUGGAGUCCAGGUGUAUUAUCAGAAAACAAGGUUAGAAGUUUCCUGUGCGAAGUAUUGUCACGGACGACAGAUGAAAAGACGGGGUGUGACAAACCAGGAAUGCAUGUGCGAGACAAUGAGCAGGCUUUACGUGAGCUUGUAAAAUGCAACUACAACACCCGCGAAGCACUAGAAAGAUAUUGCAACCAUGUAAAGUCCUCAAAAGAAAAAUCACCUCCAUGGUCUGAAGAGGAAUGUAAGAACUUUGAACAUGCUCUUCAGAUGUAUGACAAGAAUUUUCACCUCAUUCAGAAACACAAAGUCACAACAAGAACAGUAGCAGAAUGUGUGGCGUUUUAUUACAUGUGGAAAAAGUCAGAGCGCUUUGACUUCUUUGUGCAGCAGAAUCGGUUCGGGAAGAAAAAGUUCAGCAACUAUCCUGGAGUAACUGACCUGAUGGACAGGCUGGUGGAUGAAGCGGAGGGGUUAGCUGUGGACAGUUCCUCCUCCGUGUGUUCAGGUGCUGGUGGUGGUGGAAGGCUGGAAACGACCACAGAACAGCAGCUUAGCCUGCUCAACUCCAUCACUGCCAGCGACCUCACGGCUUUGAGCAACACUGUAGCCACAGUAUGCAGUCCUGCAGAGGUUAGCUGCCUGGACUCCUACAGCUUUCCUCCACUGGACAGUCUCCAUCGAGGUUCCCUGAACCACGAGGAAUCCCUUGGGUUCCCUGCUAAUGGUGCAGAACCUGACUGCCUCAAUAUGCUUGAGGCUGGCUUCUACCACUCAGAUCUGGGCCAGCUGGGAGGCGUGUGCGUCAACAAGGACUGUGAGCGACCCUCCAAGAGACUCAAGAUGGCGCUGCCUGACUCCUUUAUCAAUGACGUGUCCGUGGGUAACCUCGGAGUGGACUUUGAUGCACGACGGACGACGACGCAUCACCACCGAAUCACCGGCGCCAAAAUGGCAGUAUCUGUCACAGACUUUGGGAGCUUGGCUGGGAGCGGUGAGCCCAACGGGUUUCUGGGAGCACAUGCACGGCACCACACACAGCACACUGCAGCACUUCAGUCAGAGUGAUCUUCCUCAUCUUCUUCCCUGUUCUUCCCUUUUAAGAUCCCUUUUUUUUUCCUGCUUGUACAUAAGACUGACCUCACUGGAAAAUUCAAUUUGUUUAAAUUCUAUUAUAUAUAUAUAUAUAUCUAUAUAUAUGUAUAUGACUAUACUUUUUGUUUUCGUUUUUUGUGUAAUAUGACAUCAGUGAUGUCUAUCAUAUAGAACUAAAAUCUUGAUUUCUCUCAAGAGUUUAUAUAGCCAUUUAUUUUAUUUUUGUUUUGCGGUCUUGAGAUGUGUAACGUCCAUGUACAGCAGGGCCCAGGGGCUGCAGUAGGAGAGAUGUGUCUCUUCCUCCUUCACAUCUACACCCACCAUCUUCAGAGCUUCAGUACCUUAUCCUGCCAUUCUUCUAGCUGCCAAAAAUUUAGUUUCCCCAGCUCUGGUGUUAGCAUUUAGUUGCCUGUAUUUGUUGUUUGAAGUGGUACUAUUUUUUUUUUUCUUUCUUUUUUUUGUUUACAGGUACUUUUCAGUAACCCAUCUUGUGCAAAUGGUUUUUAUGUGAUUUGAAUCUACCUGGGUACAUAACUGUACGAAGAGCAACACUAGCAUGGAGAUUAGCUUGGAAACCAGGAAGUGUCGUGGCUUAAGCUGCUAAGGCCAUCUUGUUUGGGUUUCUUCUCUUUAUGUUCUCCUGUGCUUUGUAGUCUGUCUGCUUAUUUACCUUUGUUCAAAGUGGCCAAUACUGGAGGGGCUUUUUUCAUUUUCUUUUAAUAAUGCCCAUGUAGUCAAACCCAAAUGAAUGGCCUUGUUUUGUUUUUUUUUCCUUUACAUUUUAAAAUAGGUGAUUGAAAAAUACCGGAGCAAGUUAAUAUACUGGGAGUCACCUUGUUUUACUGUUGAGUAUAUAAAUAUAUUUUUAAAAUCCUGCUACUUGCUAGAAUAUCAACGAACCAUAACAGCAAUAUUGCAAUGCAAAGAUUUUUGGUUGGGUUAAUAGCCAUUUAAACCUCGACACAGUAAAGUAUGUAUUUAUUGCAUAUACUUUUCUUUCUAAAGUUUUAUCUCAUCCUUUCAGUUCAUGCUUUCACUCACGCUACUCUUAGGCAAGUUAAGCUGUGUGUGUGUCCUAGUUAAGUGGAUAUGUUCCUAAAUCAAGUAGCGCCUUUUUUUUUUUGUUGUUUUUUUUUCUUUCCCCAACCUGCUAGCAGUAUUAUAUCUUUAAAGCUUCUCUGAGUUUGUAUUGAACCUCUGCCUAGCCUGUACUGCCUAGUUAUGCCUUUUUGAAAUCUGGUUGACAAUAUUUUGGAGCCUAGUAGCAGAAAUGGAGCUGUUUUUCGCUUGACUGAAGUCCAUAAUUGUGAGUUGUAAAACGUUUAGCAGGUCGGUGUCAGUUGAUUGGAUGCAGUAGUAGUGUUUACUUAAUUUAUCUAUGCAUUGUGCUAUGACUAUUUAGUUUGUUUCAGGGGUACAUCAUGUUUGUUGUGUCCAUUCAUGCCUAAUAAUCAAGUUAUAAGUUUAAUCAAGCAGUUCAGUUUCAACGGCCAGCAUCAGAGAGGAUAAUCACAUCUGUGUUUCAUGUAAAUAAUUAGCAAAUAGCCUUUAAAAAGUCUAUUAACUGACCUCUUACACUUGUGAAUCUGUGUUGAUAAAAAGGUUUUACUUUGAUUCCUUGUCAGAAAGGCAAUAAUUUGUAGAUAUGUACAGAUAUUUUGGGUUUUGCAUUUUACUGGUUGACUUGGUGUUUUCAUUUCUUUUCUCUCCUUGGAAAGUCACCCAGACACCAGGACACGGCUGAAACCACGCAUGCCAGCUGUGCCCUGUUUCAAGUGUACCACUGAAAACGGCUUUACCUGAAGACGUAUUGAUAUUACUCAAUGUUGCAAUUUUUGCAUUCAAAACAUGCAGCCAUGUGUAAAAGACACUCAUGUUUCUUUCCUUAAAAAAGUUUUUACAUGUUGUCGUCGUCUAUAUUUGUCUCGAUGGUAAAGGGAUGGCUGCUGCUGUAAGUGUGUGGAGAGCUAGUUUCUCUUUUAAUGCAAUGUGCAUAAUGCAGUAGGUCCUCCAAGCUCUUCUAGCUUUAGCAGUGCAGUGAUAUUUAUUUCACCUGUGGUUUGUACAAAGACUCAGAAAAA